GGGCGUAUCUGUGCGCGAGGAACAUGGCAGACGAGGGGGAGUCGGCGCCCGAGCCUGCCGUUGCCUCCGGUCGGGAGAGCCCGCAAACUGUCCGGCCACACUUUGUUUCUUUCUCCGAGAGCGUCCAACCGGCCGUCGGUAUGAUGAGCCAACUGCUAUCCCAACCGUCCUCCCUAAAGUUUGAUAAAAACAUCAAACAGGCCUUUUACAACACCGGGGCCAUGAUCUUCGUGGCUAUCUGCUGCGGGGCGGCUGUGCUGGUCUACUUCAUCCUGGAGGCCUUCCUCCGCCCGUUGCUCUGGGCUGUGCUCUGCGGCACCUUCCUCCACCCGUUCAAGCACUCCCUGGCCCGGCUCGGCCGCUCCUGGCUCAACGGUCUCCAGGACUCCGGGACGCCCGUAGUGGUGGGGACCCUGCUGGUCCCGGUGUGGUGUGUGAACUAUGGGGUAGACGCGAUGGGGAGGCUGGUCCUGGAGAGGCUCACGAUGCUGCUGGUGAUCGGGGCCGGGGCACCGUUGGUCUACUUCCUCUACCUGUUCUGGAGCGUCGUGGGCAUGCAGGUGGUUCUCGGACACUUCUGUGGGAUCGUCGGGUCCUUGUUGGACUGUUUUCACUUUGUGUGGGUGGGCACUGUGGUGGUGGGCUACUUGUUGGCUGUUUGCUUCAAGUGGAGUCCACAAACUGAACAUUACCUGAGGGCUCUGGCUCUUCCAGUCUGGGCCGUCCUGCUCUUCUACAUAGUGUCUCUGACUGGUUCAUGGAAAGUGCCCAUAUUUGUGGUUGUGGUUUUACUCCUCAUUGUGGGCUCCCAGGAGAAACCCCCUGAACCUGGCAGAGGUGAGCUGUCAGGGCAGGUGUUGUCCUUUGCUGCUAACACCAUUUACAUGGCGAUCUCCUGCAGUAGUCUACAGCUGAAGCCUGGUGAAGACUCUACUGAUGAUGUGGCAUCUGUGGGUUCUGGUCCCAUCCCUGUCACCCCUGGGUUCCCUCGAGGCCCUCGUUCUCUACCAGCCGGCUUCUUCCAAAGGGAGAAAAGCUCCCAAAAAGCCAGUGACAUUUACUUUAUUCUGCUAGUUUGGGCCAUAGUGCUGGUUCAGGUGUGGCUCAACCUCUGGAUCCUGCAGCUUCUGCCGAUCCCUGUGGCUGUGUUUUUCCUGAAGAAGCUCGUGGUCCACUUCGGCCUGAAGGGCUUCGCCGAGCGGACUCUGAUAUCAUGGUGGACGGUGAUGGAGAAGUUUGGACGUGAGCGAGAGGAGGCCCUGCUGCCUGGACCGGUCAAAGGCCUGGCUCUGUUCCUGCUGCGUGUCGACACCAAGCUCUGGCAUUGGCUUAACAAGCAGAUGAUUGUGUGGUUGGAGCGUUCUCUGGAUAAAAUCAUCAGCAUCUUCAUCAUCUUCAUCCUUGUCACUGGGACGUUGCUUAUGGCGCUGCUGCUCACUGCGAUGGUUCAUCAUGAAAGUGCACACAUUAUAGAUGUGACCAGUAAUCUUAUCAACGAGACUGUGUCCAACCAUCCGGAAUGGGCCAAUUGGCUUCCAGAGGCUCGUGUUGUCCAAAAGGCUUUGAACUCGGCUGCUACCAAUGUCUACCAGCAUGGGAGAGAAUGGAUAACGCAGAAGCUCCAUAAGAUGUUAGGAGACAAAGUGAACCACACAGCAGUGAUUGAGAAACAGGUUUUGGAGCUUUGGGACAGACUCUAUCACUCCUGGUUUGUGAAGAAUGUAACCCACUCCGGACGCCACCGUGGUCAUAAAAUGAUUCACAGACAGAACAGCUGGCUUGUGGACAUCCUGGACUGGAAGGACAUCGCCUCAUUUCUGCAGGAAAAUAUUGAGACUCUGCUCUCUAUCCUCGAGUCUCUGUGGAUCGUCAUGAGUAGGAACGUUGGCCUCCUCAUCUCCACGACGACCACUCUCUUCACCGUCCUGUUCCACAGCGGCACAGCUUUACUCAACUUCGUUCUGAGUCUGGUGAUCUUCUUGACUACUCUCUUCUACCUGCUGAGCUCUAGUGGAGAUUACUACAAACCUGUCAAAUGGGUGAUCAACUUAACCCCCCUCUCCCAGCCUGGACCCUCCUCCAACAUCAUUGGCCAGUCUGUGGAGGAGGCCAUCAGAGGAGUGUUUGAUGCCUCUCUGAAAAUGGCUGGCUUCUACGGCCUCUACACUUGGCUCACUCACACUAUCUUUGGCAUCAACAUUGUUUUCAUUCCCUCUGCGCUGGCUGCCAUCCUGGGUGCCGUUCCAUUCCUGGGGACGUACUGGGCAGCGGUGCCGGCCAUGUGCGACCUUUGGUUGGCGCAGGGUGAAGGCGUCAAGGCCCUGCUGCUGCUCAUCUGCCACCUGCUGCCCACCUAUUUUGUAGACACAGCCAUCUACUCCGACAUCUCUGGGGGUGGACACCCCUAUCUGACAGGUCUGGCGGUGGCAGGCGGAGCAUAUUACCUGGGUCUGGAGGGAGCCAUCAUUGGACCCAUCCUCCUCUGCAUCCUGGUGGUGGCUGCCAACAUCUACAGUGCCAUGCUCAUGAGCCCCAGCUCUGCGGUGCCCACACCGGUGCAGGCAACGUGGCCCCUACCCCCGAUGAGGGCCUUUUCAGAGUCCACCCCUGUCCCCAAGAAGUCUACUGACUGAUCCAAACAGGACAUGUCCUUGUCAUCUGGCUUCCUAUUGGCUGACUGCUCAGGGGAUAUCUCCCCUCCCUGAAGCUCCGCCCUCUGCCACCAUCGCGUUCUACGGGGUCGCCCUGAUGAAACAGAUGCCGGUGUAACGGCCAGUCACCUAUGAUGUCGUCUGCUUAUCAGAGUUUUGUCUCUGAGCGGCGUGGCAGCAGCUGCUCAGUAUGGGAGUGUACAUCCUGAUCCCAACAGUAACAUUAUAUCAGGCUUCAUGAUUAGAAAUGGCCAAGAAAUUGAUGCCAGUUGUAGAACUCAGUGCCUAAAUUCACUUUAUAAUUUAAAAAAACGUAAAAACAUUGUGCAAUUUGUAGUGAUUGUUUAAUAAGAUAUAUUUUCUCUACAAAGCCCCAGAUUUCCUCCUGCACAUGCUAACGGUGUAGUAUUUGUACUCCUACCUCUCUCCUCAUGGAGGCUCGAGUUGAGUUUAUAGUGUGAAGACAACCAUCAUGCCUGGCUCAAGAGACAGAGAUGACCGCUGUUCUUAGUUUUUACUAAUGUGUCAUUCAUUCUUCCUUGAGCUGAGUUUGCAACACUGUGUCCGAGCUUCAACUCCAGGACCAGGCUUUGUUUCACUGUUCACUUUAUUUGUUUAUGGAUGUGCUUGAAUCAGAGCAUUUAUUAUUGUUUAUUGUUAAUGGAGGCGUGUCUUACCAGUGGUGGUGACUGUAACGGUUCAGAUGUGACGUCCUGAUUCCAGGGACGCAGGUUUUCGUCUCAACACAACUGAGGGACUGAGGUUAUUUUUAUAUUAUUUUGUCUUAAUUUUUUUUUUAACAUACUGUGAGUGUGCAUUCAAGUUACUCAUCGUUAAAGGCUUUUUUGCUGAUUCGUCAGUGUUGAAGUAUGUUUACACUGUGUGGAAGUUAACAGGGUUGAUGAAUUUUUAGCAUUUUUACAUUUAAUACGACUGCUACUGUCAUCCCUGUCAUGUUUUGGAGUUCACAUGUUCUUUUAUUGAAAUGAUGAUAUUUUCUCCUCACCUCAUCCUCUCUUGCACUCCCUACUUAAGUACAGUCGGAGCACUUUCCUGAAUAGAGAAAGAAUUAGUUUACAUCACUUGGAGCUUUAAUGUGAGUGAUCUGUACAGAUUAAUAGUAUUUGUAAUGUGACACAUUGAUCAUACAUGGCUACUGUGUUAGCUGUCUGGGGGUCGGGGUGGUGAUGGCGGUGAUUGUGGGUCAGAACAGUUAAACUAGUUUCAUGAAUUCUAAUUUAGUACUAUUGCUGUGUUUUUGUUUUUGUUUUUUUAAUUCCCAGACAUGUACUGACCCAAUAAACACCAUUUGAACAGCAGAAA